GAGAAAGUUACAAUAUAACCUUUUACUAACACUAUUUAUAAAACUGUAUGUUAAAUAAAUUGUAAAACAUUAUGGCACGAGAAAUAUUGACUAUUCAAAUUGGUCAUUAUUCUAAUUUUAUUGGAACCCAUUGGUGGAAUCUGCAGGAAUCUAACUUUUCCUAUGAUCCUAAUAAUCCAUCUGAAAUAAAUCACGAUGUGUUGUACAGAGAAGGUGAAAAUUUACAGAAACAAGUGACUUAUACACCCAGACUAUUACUUGUAGACCUGAAAGGAACGUUUGGAUAUUUAAAAGAAGAAGGCAGUCUGUACAAUGUUCCAGAAGUAGAAGAAACAAAAUGCUUAUGGUACAAUCAAAAAGUAGAAGUUAGCAAGGAAGAAACAGCUGUUAAAACACCAUUCAUUCAGAGCUUGGACGAACCCACUACAACUUCAGAAUCGAAAAGUCUUACUUUAGAUGAUAAUAUCAAAUCGUGGGUAGAUUAUUUAUUGCCCAGAUUUCAUCAUAGAACUGCAAAUGUAAUUAAGGGAUAUAAGCACAAUUGUACAGAUCAACCAUUUGAUAUCUACACGUAUGGAAGAAAUUUAUGGAGUACCAGACAGUUUUCAGACGAUUUUACUGAGAGAAUAAGAACAUACGUAGAAGAGUGUGACCUAAUGCAAGGUUUCCAGGUUAUUCUAGAUUCAGUCGAUGGCUUUGGUGGACUUGGAGCAUCAUGUAUAGAGCAUUUACGGGAUGAAUAUGGAAAGAGCAUAUUAUCAUUUCCAUGUAUGGACAGCAGGAGAUCUGAUCCUUCUAAAUUUGAUCUGAUUAAAUCAGUUAAUACUGCACUAUGCUGGCAACAAAUAGGAGAACAUUCUUCCUUGUACAGUCCACUGUGCUGUGGACAAACCGGCUGGCCUCAACCAGGGGAACCACGAACGUUUGACUAUUUGUCAUACGAUUCUGGACUAAAUUACCACAGUAGUGCACUACUGGCAACUGCUUUGGAUGUCGCGACUAUAAGAUACAGACGCAAAGAAUAUCCAAAUGUCGUUUUAGCAGACUUGUGUGCAGAUCUUAAUAAAAUGGGUCGCAAAGCGAUAGCAACGAGUUUAACGUUGCCAUUUCCAAUGACUGCGAAAACGGACUUGAUCGAUGUGCUGGAUGAUUUCACAGGAACGCUAUGGACAAGCUUGACGCCAAAUUGUGAGAUAUCUAUGGACAAAAAUAUGCAGAGCAUCGCGUUAAGGGGAAUUCCCGAAGAAAGGUUGAAACAGCCCAUGGCGAACGCGAUGAAACAGAUGUCAAAGCCAGCCUAUAGAUGUUCAACCGUACACGAGAUGAUGACGCUGUAUUUAGCUUGUACUUCGCACGCAUCGGCGACCUAUCUUUCGACUAUUUCGUCGCCGUUGAAGAUAAAAGAUCCGUACCCGAAAAUAUUUAAUAAGAACGUCACCGCGACAGGAGAUAUCAUCGAUUGGCCUCUAGGAAACGAAGUCACGUCCGUUCCUGUUAUGGCCGGCUUUCACAGUGGAAACAGUCUCCGAGCGAUGUACAAAUCUUUACACGGUCAGUUGAGCAAAAUGAGAAGCAUAAGAAAAUGUCACGCAUUCGCGAGCUCUGGUUUAGAAGAGGACGAAUUCAAGGAAUGCCUCAACUAUCUGCUCGAUUGCAAAGAAAGUUACGAAGACCAUUAUAUUUAAGCGACGUUGACUGGAUCAAUUGCUAAAUGAUCACAGUACUUUCGUACAAUAUAUUGUUUCUUAUC